UGCUUUUUGCGUUUUUGGGAAUCUCAUCUUGUUAACAAAUUCCUUUGAGUGCCCGACUCGUUUUGAGUAGGCUUCCUCCUUGGGGAUUCCCUACAAGAGGUGGACAUGGUAGGUGCCAAUACGGUCUGGAUGCCAACUCGCUCCGUAGGCAUUGUAAAGUAGGAGGACCUGGCUAUAUGCGUCCAGUCGCAUGCUACGAGGUUGGAGUUCGAGUAGAAAACAAAUGCAUUUCACAUUCAGAAUGGAGGCUGUUUGAAAUCUGCUAUGGAACUCAUAUUGGUCAAAAGGGAAGAGUAGGCAGGCCACCUAACAACUAUCGUGGCGUCCGUGGUGGAUACUGCAGCCGAAUCUAGAAGAGCGGGGUUGCGAUCGGCACAGUGUUCUAAAAGUAUAAAGUUGAAAAUGUCCACAUGCAGGAGGAAAGGGGCGCUUGUCAUAGGUGUCCUCGCUCGGGGUUCUGAGUGGAGAAGGGGAUUUGAACGUGACUCCAAAUUGCGUUCAAUUUGGGUACGUAAAGAGAAACUCGAUUGAAAACUGUCAAAAGAUACAGCUAUUUGGUCCUGUUGUUCAGGAUGUUGUCGUAUCGCUCUCCAAUAUUUGAUGCAGCUUGUAGUUAAUACAGAACAAAUGACUCACCCACUGCUCCUUCGCUCGUUCAAUCUUUUGGUCUACGUCUUUUUUGUCUCGUCCUCGCUCUACAAUGUCAUUGGACCGGACCCAAGUUAUGGAUACGGAAAAUAUCCAACUUAUCUCACCCCCGCACCAUGGGCGUUUGCAAUAUGGGCUGUGAUUUACUUGUUAUUUGGAGGGUUUGUGAUUUGGCAAUGGUUCCCCGAAACGGACGAUGUAGUCAUUGAUGCAUACGGGAGCUGGUUUAUCAUUGCCAGUCUGUGCGGGGCUGUCUGGCAUCAUUUUUGGGAAUCUGGUCAUUUGGUGCUGGCACUGAUUGUGCUCCUGUUCGCUUCGGCAGCCGUCACUAUAAUCUAUACCAAUCUCCAUCGCUUGCAAGGCCCUCUCUUUGUCAUAUGGAUCAACAUCUUCGCCAUUAUUGCCCGGGCGGCGGAACCUCGCCAUCCGUCCAUCUUGCAAAAAAUUCUCGUCUUCUUCGCCCUCUUUCAGAUGACGACGACAGCUGUAGCCUACACCGAAACAAAAAAGGAACGUGGUGACCUUCCGGGUGCCUUCACCAUUGCUUGGGCACUCUUUGCCGUUUCAGCUGGACAGAAAUCGAAAUUCGUCAAAUAUUCAGCGUUGGUGAUGGGAGUUGUAGUUGCUGUACAUGCCUUUAGGCCGCUGGUCAGGCGGAGGAGGGAUAGCGAACGUUCCCAGAGGGAAUCACUUCUGGGAGAGGGAGAGGAAAGUCGGGAGGAGCAGGUCUGA